CGCGGAGCUUCCCUUCUACUGUAACCCCCGCGGCCCCGCCGCCCUUCCCCUGGCCCUGCUCUGUCCGGUUCAGUUUCUACUCCACUCACGCCGCGGCCGCGCCUCCUCGACUCUUCCCCGAGAAUCCAGAGACGGGAGGGGGAGGCGAGCGAGAGGGGGAGGCAGAGCGCAGCAUCUUCGAAGUCGAACGCCGAGGACGUCUAGCUCACAUCCAGGACAAUGCCUCGCAAGGUUGUCUCCGGGCCCGACUACGACGACGACUAUGCUGAUUAUGAGGAUUAUGAGGAUUACUAUGAUGAUGAUUAUGAUGAGACUGGACAUGCCGAUGUUAAGCCCCCUGUGAAUGAGAAAGAAUCAUCGAAGAAGUCUUCAAAUACAGUGCCUGUGCUUUGGAAGUGCUCCAUGUGCACAUUCGAUAAUCAUGAAACUAUGGUAUACUGUGAGAUGUGUGGGGUUUUCCGGGAAUCUUUCGUCAAAUCUGGCAAGGAUGUUUCGAUCAAAGAAUCUGUCAAUGGAAUAUCAAACAAUUCUGGGACAUCUGCUCUGUCAAACUCUGAUUCUACCAAGAUGCCAGUGAAGACUUCUAUUACAAACUUUGACGGUGAUUCUGAGAGAAAGUAUGCUAGCACAUCUCAUGAUAAAGUCAAUUCCACACAGUUGGCGUCUGUUGGUAGCUCAUCAAGCACUGGAAAAAAGAAACAACCGGUAAUCUCUGACAAUAAUGUGCCUAUCGAGAGGACACCUCAAUUGAUUGCUGAUCAUUUUCAGCUAAAGGAGGACCAGGGUAGUAUUAGGGCUAGCAGUUCUGCUCAGAAUAAGGGUUCCAUGGAGACACUUUCUUCUGACAUAAGCCAGCUAAGUAUCGAAAGGAAUAAUGUCAAUGUUGCACAGCCUUUACCUGAAGAGUAUAAGCCUGAGGGGUGGAUGCUAGCUGAUCAGGAGUCCGGGGUGCUGAGCCAACUAAACCUUGCAAUAGUGGGUCAUGUUGAUUCUGGCAAGUCAACACUCUCUGGGAGAUUGCUACACCUAUUAGGGAAGAUAUCGAAAAGAGAUAUGCACAAAAAUGAGAAGGAGGCUAAGGAAAAAGGAAAGGGGUCAUUUGCUUAUGCAUGGGCCAUGGAUGAGAGUACUGAAGAAAGAGCAAGAGGUGUCACAAUGACAGUGGCUGUCGCCUAUUUGGAGACCAAGAAAUACCGUGUAGUUCUGCUUGACUCUCCUGGCCACAAAGAUUUCGUGCCAAAUUUGAUAUCUGGUGCAACACAGGCUGAUGCAGCUAUUCUUGUGGUUGAUGCAUCAACUGGUUCUUUUGAAUCUGGUAUGGAUGGGGAAGGAGGGAAAAGUGUUGGGCAGACAAAGGAGCAUGCUCAGCUUAUUAGAAGCUUUGGUGUUGAGCAACUUAUUGUUGCAGUCAACAAGAUGGAUGCUAUUGGGUACUCAAAAGAUAGGUUGGAGUUCAUCAAGGUACGACUUGGUAGUUUUCUGCGGUCAUGCAACUUCCGGGAUUCAGCUGUUACCUGGAUUCCUCUUAGUGCUGUAGAGAACCAGAAUUUGAUUAAAUCUCCUUCAGAUGCUCGUUUUACCUCCUGGUAUCAAGGGUCGUGUCUCUUGGAUGCUAUAGAUUCCUUGCAGCUUCCUUCUCGGGAUGUUUCAAAGCCCCUCAUUCUUCCUAUAUGUGAUGUUAUCAAAUCUCAGUCGACAGGACAACUGGCAGCUUUUGGAAAAUUAGAAACUGGUGCUAUUCGAAAUGGUUCAAAGGUCUUGGUUUUACCUUGUGAGGAAGUGGCGACAGUGAAAACCAUUGAACGAGACUCUAGUUCAUGCAGCAUAGCGAGAGCUGGUGACAAUGUAGCAGUUAUUUUACAGGGAAUUGAUGGUAGUCGAAUAAUACCUGGCGGGGUUCUUUGUCACCCUGGUUUCCCGGUGCCUGUAGCCAACUACUUGGAGCUUAAGAUUCGAGUGUUGGACAUCACCAUCCCAAUUCUCAUUGGUUAUCAGGUGGAGUUUCACAUACAUCAUGUGAAGGAAGCUGCAAGAGUAACGAAAAUCGUGGCGUUGCUUGACAAGACAGGCAAGCCAAGUAAAACAGCACCGCGGUUUCUUAAAUCAAAGCAGAAUGCUGUUGUGCAGGUUACGCUAGAUCAAGCGGUCUGUGUCGAGGAAUUCUCGAAAUGCCGAGCUCUUGGAAGGGCAUUCUUAAGGUCGUCUGGGAGCACGAUCGCUGUCGGUAUAGUGACUAAGAUAAUGAGGCAGGAUCAGCACUAGAAGACCCCUGUCGUCCAAAACCUGGACCGAGUUGCUGCAUUUUGCAAGAUCAGUACCUAGCAAUUGACUCGCUAGUCGCUACCAAUUGGUACUGUAAUACCGGCGCUGGCAAGUUUUGUUCUCUGUUUGCUUGUCGCCAUUGCUGUUGUGCAUUAGUGAUGAGUUAUGCCUUGUAAAAAUGUUCACAUCUGUGAAUGACUUGUAUACCUUGAAUGCUGAGUUAGUUUUAAUUAAGCUGGGGAAUGCGUAACUUUUUUUUUUGGGCA